CCUCGCUCUAAUACGCAACGAUGCGGGUGGUGGAACGGGGUCAAAAAAUAAUAAAGCUUUAACAGGAAAGCCGAUGAAUUUUGUGCUUGGAAAGAUAUCCGAACCAUACUACCUAACCACUUGUUAGUUCUGGACGUUUGGGAAAGGACCAAGAGGAGAGGCAGUGUGAUUUUGAAGCCUUUUUGAGGAUACUGCUUUCCGUGAGAACGCUAACCGAUAUCCGUGUUCCACAGCUCAAAUGCUGUGGAAUACGAAUAAGAUGACUGACUGAUUUUCCUCUUUCCUUACGGCACUACCUCCUCACUUCUUUUUUCCACAUUCCGGCCUGUCUGUGGACUCGCUAUGGUGGACUCGAAUGCAAUGAGGAAGACUUUUGUGGUCCCGGACAUAAAACCAUUGGAUCAGUAUGAUUUCACUAGAGCCAAGAUAUGCGCCAGUGUGGGAUGGCUUUUGGCAAAAUCGUACGGCAAUGCAGAGAAUGUUCCGGUGGAGCUCCGUGACCCCUUCUACUGUGACCAGUAUGAGCAGGAGCACCUGAAGCCCCCUGUGACCAGUCUGCUACUCUCUCCAGAGUUCUACUGCCGCACCUCCGCUCUCUUACUCGGAGGAGGCUCUGGAGUCGACGGACCUCCUAAAGACAAUGCCGCCCUUCUGCAGCUCCUCAGCAAAAAAGGUCUGACCCCCAAAGACCAGAAUGCCCCCGUGACCGACGCUGACCUCCGGCACAAGCCCAUCAAAAUGAGUGCCCACUUGGCAUUGAUAGAUGCCUUAAUGUCGAUGGCUGCCAUGGAGACAGUGAGCGCCGUGCGGGCGAUCGGCAGCGCAGAGCAGCUUGGAGAGAGGCCCGACUGGGAGAGUGCCCUGCUAUACUGGGUCAAUAUGCUAAAUCAGAAGUUGAAGGAACAUACAGAGGGUGCACAGAGCGACCCAUCUCAGAACAGUACAGAACCACAGCCAGUACAGCCCUCGAUCCGGUACAGGAAGGAAAAGAUGCUUUCCAAGCAGAGACCUACUUUUCCUGUGGUGAAUGAAGUGAAAGACCUCUCAAACGGCUGUGCUGUUGCUGCAGUCAUACACUUUUACUGCCCUGGUCUACUGCGACUAGAAGAUGUUUGUAUGAAGGAAUCCAUGUCAGUUGCAGACAGUUUAUACAAUCUGCAACUGAUUCGGGAGUUCUGUGACAGUUGUUUGAAGAGCUGCUGCCCCCUAGUGUUGGAGGACUUUCUUUACAGCCCAGCAGAGCUUCAGGUUAACUUGAUGAGCUUUCUGGCAGAGCUUUUGCACUGGUUUGAGAUCCAAAAGCCUGAGUUUGUUCAGCCCCUGCAGGCUCUGGAGCUGACAGAAACUCCUGGAAAAAAUGACGGAGUCACCAGUGGGUCCAGCUCUCCCUCCAUCUUCAAAAAACCUUUCCUGCCAAUCUCCUCUCCUUCACCAGGCACUUUGACCCAGUCUACCUCAAUGUCUCAUGUAGAGGGGGUUGGGAGGACGUGGAGCAGGAAACCUCUCAGUCGUCCUCUGUCUGCUGUAUCCUUCAGUAUUCCCUUUGGUCUGGACAGUGAUGUGGACAUAGUGAUGGGAAACCCAAUAGGUGCCAUAACUCGCUCUGUCAGUUCGGACAAUCUCAACCCAGCAGGCCAAACUAUGAGCCAUGUGCCCUACACCCCUCCCGAAGAUCUCAGCCACUUGUUGAGCAAGGCUCCAGGCCCCAAUGGGCCCUUGCCCUCGCACCGUGCCUCUUGGGCCACCCAAACACCCCCUGUUCCUCUGCUGGCAGAAGAGAACGGCCUGGAUGAAGGUGAGACAGCGGAGGUACCUACCAUUGAAGAGGCUCUGCAGAUCAUCCACAACGAGAGCAAAAUGGAACCUCGCCUUCAUCCUGAUGGAGCACCCGACGGCUUUUACCUACACUCACCGGACGACCGUGGGACCGCCAGACACAACGGCGCCCCUCCGCCCCUCAGCUGUUCCGCCCCAUCCCGCUCAGGAAUGUUCUACCGGACCUCGGGAGAGCCCCGGGAGCCCGGUCGCACCAGACACACAUCCGAAGGCUCUCGUGACGAUGACUCUGUUCUGAGAGACGGCAGUGUGGACUCGGAUGCCUCAGAGGACUUGCCCAAAACUCACUCCACCCCCGCCACUCCAGCAAGCAGUGUACGCCCUGUCAGGUCUCAUGGCCAGGAUACGCCAGACAGUGGAAUAAGAAUGACCAGCUUCGCAGAGCGCAAAAAGAAGCUGGUCCCAGAGCAGACUAAGCCAAGCGAGCCUCAAAGUCCGCAGAUGACCACCUGGGCCAAGAAGUCGGAGGAGAGCCCAGGUAAAAGCCCAGCUCUCACCUCAGAGAUGUCCGAGUUGGGGGCACGGCUAGAGGAGAAACGGAAAGCCAUUGAGGCUCAAAAGAAACGAAUCGAAGCUAUAUUUGCCAAACACAGACAGCGCUUGGGCAAAAGUGCCUUUCUACAGCUCAAAAAAGAGCAACAGGAGGAAGAUGCAGAAGGGACAGGUGAGGGAGAGGUAGGAGCCUCCUCUACAGCAGAGGACAUGAGCCGCCUUUCGUUGGAGGAGCGGUUGGCACGCAUAGAGAAAGAGGAGCAAGAGGAUGAGCAACAGAAACAGCUCCCAUCAUUGGAGGAUGAGGGUAACGUCAAACCUACGUCCCUACAGGAUAAGCAAGCUGCUAUAAAAGACACUGGUGAGAAAGCAGUGACAGGCAAGGCAGGAGAGAAAAGUUCAGCUCCACUAGGGGAUUAUAAUAAUGCUGUGUCAAAGCUAAGUGCGGCACUCAACUCCCUACAGAGUGACAUGCAACGCCUCUCAGAGCAACAGGGUCAGCUAAUGAAAAAGAAACCUGCUCCUAGCAACCAGGCCUGGGUAAUUCCACCCAGCUCCAGCCCUAACUCCAGACCACCUGCCCCUGCUCCAGCACGGAUGUCCCGUGAGACAACUCGUGACCUACCCUCUGCAUCUUCCUCCCCUUCUCCAUCCCGCAAGGUCUCCAAUCUCACAACACCCCCCAAAUCUCCACAGGUGUCCCACCGUAGGGCUCAGUCUGCACCCCCCAAAAGCCCCAAACACCAACAUCAUUCCCGGCCAGUGGACCUCAAGGUGCCUACCUUCACCCGUGUCCUGACACCCCCUCAAAACGUGGACAACAUUCCACAUCUGCGUAGGGUGUCGCCAUGGCAAUGCCAGGUGCAGACUUCUUCCUCUUUCAGCAUCGGUAUGCCUGCCAGUCAAAUUGAGCCGCGUUCAGCUGGACCACAACCCCGGCCACACGAGGACAACUCCUCUGAUGCAGGCUCCAGUGAAGAGCAUGCCCUCUUUAGUCUGGACCUGGAAAGGAGUUCUUCUCAAAGUGGUUUGGCCAGGAAGGAUCGGCCGGCUGGAGGCGGCAGCUCAGGAGCACCCUCAGAAUGCUCGUUUGAGAGUGACGUUCCCGCAGCGGUCUUCAAUGGCAAGCGCAACAGCUUAAUUGAGAUUUCCUUGUCGUCCUUACGAGGAGAUGACAGUGAACCUGAGCAAGGGCCUGAUAUGUUCUCUGACUCAAUGAGUGAUCAGACAGAACCAGAGACGAGGGGUGGAGUUGGAUUCUUCUUCAAGCAGGAUGAGGCUCGAACAGAGGAUGAGAUGGCCCAGAGGAGGGCAGCGUUACUUGAGAAACAGCAGAAGAGAGCAGAGGAGAUGAAGAGAAAAAAACUAGAGCAGGAGAGAGAGAGGGAGGCAAGGUCUGUGGCUGAAGAGAGACCCCAGACUCCAAGCACUCCACCACCAAGGACUCCUCCACCACCAAGGACCCCUCCAGCUGAAGGCACGCCUCACCGCAGAGGUAACUUCACCCGCCAGGAAUAUGAACGCCGUCAGCAACUUAAGAUCAUGGAGGACCUGGACAAGGUGCUGCGGCAGAAACCCACCACUGUCCGAGGGGUUAAGAAGCAGAGACCCAAAACCGUGUUCAGAGAUGAUUCCGUCCUCUCCCGUAGCCCAGCCAAAGGCCUCCUGGGCUCCCGGCUUAAUAAAGUCUAUUCCCAUUCCACAACAAACCUGUCUUCUAUGGCUAAUGACAGUGGGACUCUGACUGUCAGGAAAUCACCUAGUCGAUCUCACUCGCCAUCGAGACUCAUGUCUCCUGGUCGAUUUGCAGCCCAGAAUGGAGAGAAGGACUGGGAAAAUGCAUCCACUAUUUCAUCUCCUGCCUCUAUCCCAGAGUAUACUGGGCCAAAACUUUAUAAAGAGCCAAGCUUCAAGUCCAAUAAGUUCAUCAUCCACAAUGCUAUCUCUCGUUGCUGCCUGGCAGGCAAGGUCAAUGAACCACAAAAAAAUAAGAUUAUAGAGGAAAUGGAGAAGAGCAAUGCAAACCAUUUCCUCAUUCUUUUCCGAGACUCCAGCUGUCAGUUCCGAGCUGUGUACACCAUGAACCCGGAGACUGAAGAGAUGGUUCGGUUGACGGGUAUUGGCCCACGUAUCAUCUGCCCUUCCAUGGUGGAAUCCAUUUACAAGUACAGCUCUGACCGAAAACAGUUCACCGCCAUCCCGUCCAAAACCAUGUCCAUGAGUGUAGACGCCUUCACCAUCCCCAACCACUUGUGGCAGGUUAAGCGCCCUGGUACGCCCAAAAAGCCUGGAACCCCAAAAUAAAGGGUGCAUUUCAACUUGCACCAUACCCCCAUCCCAGCUCUCUCUCUCUCUCUCUCUUUCUCUCUCCCUUUCUCUCUCCCUCUCUCUGUCUCCCCCUGGCACAUCACUAGGUCAGUGCUGGAUAAUUCACAUUGGCCACUAAAAAGACGCCUCAAUAUGAACCAAGAGAGAAGAAAUAAAGAGGUCUCAAAGUGGACCCCUAGUGCAAGAGAAAAAAAACUGGAAGCUCAACCAAGGACCCAGCACCUGUACGGCUGUGUGGCUCUCUGUGCUGUAGCUACUGGCCAAGCCGAAGAGGACUGGGCAGAAAACACUACAGCCAUUUUUGAAAAAGCCGUGGCGCAAGAGGAAAGGGACAACCAAAUUGAUUUCCUACAACUGUAUAAAAAAAAAAAAUGAAAUAAAAAUAACGAAACAAUAGUAAUAAAAUGAAUGAAAAAUAAUAUUUUUGGCAAUUAGUUGCUGAAAGUCUUUGAAUGAGGUAAACGUUUAGGCCUCCCCUCAUCUGGCCACCCUAACACUCUCAGCGGUGUGAAUUUUGGGUGGUCAGAAUUUUGUGAGGGAUGCAGGCCCACUGCCGCUGCUCCAAGAAAAUACCAUCACAGCAGAGGACGUCUGACUCUACCGCGCUCCCUCUUCCCUUUUUUGUCUUUCUAUCCUGUCAUAUACACUGGGUCUCUGUUUAUCCUACAGUUCUACCCUAUCUAGGGCUUUUUUCCCCCUCCAUUUAAGCUCAGACAAUAAACUCUUUAACUUGUAACGUGAGAUCCCAGCCGAAACCAGUCUAUCCCAGCUCUUCAAUGAAUGUAGGGCGCAACCCAUCCAAUGGGCUUCCCGUUGUUCCUUUUUUUUUUUUCCCUCUCGUCAUUGGCCAGUUGGUCCUGUGAGCUGGGGCUUAUCACUCAGAACUGCUCUACAGAGGGCACAGGUACUGGAUCCUACUACAGUGCCUAAUUGUGUGAAGGACUGUACUGUUGGCUUAGAGUUUGCCUCUCCUCAUUAGCAGGUGUGGCAACUGCUUUGCUCUAACUUUAAGUCAAUUGUAGACAUCUGGAUGUUUUCUUUUUUUAUAAAUAUAUAUACACAACUUUUGACAUGUUAGCUUAAUGGAUCACACAAGCCUCAGGUGAGCAGAGUUAAGACAAUUCAGGCUUAUGCAUUAUUCCUUUCCAUUCUUGUCAUCUCCAGUUUCAGUUCAUUUUAAGAAUGAAUGAAAAAUAAAAAUGCCAGAGCAACACGUCAUCUUCAUAAAUGAUACUGCAAAUAUAUGGAAGUCUUAAUACUCUCUGUAGUUCAAACUGGAAAAAGAAAAAAAAAACUGUGUGGAGAAAAAAAAAGAUUGAUGAUUGAAAAAUGUCUCUGAAUGCUGUUUAUUCGCUGAUUCUUUUAAAAAUUUUUGACAAUGAUUUGUAUAAAGUGGAGAGAGGACUUGGUAAAGCUGUGGAUAAGAUAGCCGGCUGCUUCAGCACUAGAGGUUGUGUGCUUGUGUGAGUGUGUGUGUGAGAGAGAUGAGGGGAGCUGGAGAGAGUGAAUAAAAAUGAAGUGGUCCACAAACAAACAAAAAAAAAAAAUCUUGGUGAACUUCCUCAAAGUUAGAGUGAAAUAAACGAGUGAACGAGCUGAGUGAACAAGUAGUUUUGUAAAGUAUUGCGUGUCAGCACAGACAGACACUCUCACACAGCUUUCAAACAAUGAUUGUUCUUUACCUUUGAAGUUUUUCUCAACUUUUUCUUAAUUGCUGAUUUGUUGGUGGUGGAUCAUGAUGUGGGGCCUCAGUGAUGGUGUAGUGCUUUAUCCAGAACUAGGCUCAGUACUUUGCCUUAGCCAUUCCUGGCCUCUCCAUUAAGACCCUGUCUUUUCAAACCACGUGGGCAUUUUCUUGGCCCCUAGCUAUUCAUUUAAGCACUAGAGCAACUCAUGUAGUCAGGCUGCUGUUUCCUGUCUUUGUUUCAGAGAACGAACUGCCUCCAAAAAA